CAUCAUACUAAAAGUUAAAUUAAGGGUGAACAACCCCUUUAGUUUUGUCACUUACUGUAUGCCUAAGCCCAAUUUAAUUUCACAGUGCCCUAUUAUGAACUACUAUCUGAAAGUGUUCUGCUCAUAUACCUUAAGAUCUUUGACUAUUUUUAUUUAAUAUCUAAAGCCUACCAUAUUUGUUGACUUAAUAUCCAUAACCAUAAAAAUUACGUGAAGCUGUCCCUGUAAAUAUAAGGCUGUGGGAGUAUAAGGACGGACACUGGUUUCCAGUAUGGGUUCCAUUCUUCUUUAAAUCUAGCCUGCUUAAUAUGGAUGUAAUACAAUAUGCAAAAUGAAAAAAGAAGGCUCAAUAUACCUUCAAUGUACUACAUUUCCCUUAGCCAUGAAAGUGGACAUAUCACUUGAUACUGAGAUGGUUUAUGUAAAGCUUUUUAAAGAUGACUUUGUAGCUUGUAGUACCAAGUAUCACCAUCACUGGCAGGAGAUUACUUUCAACACAACAGCGCCACCAUCCGUGCCAACCCAGCGGCCUAUACAAUAGCGAUAGCUGCAUGUUUCUUGCAGAUCACUCAUUUUUUAUUAAUCAGAGAGAGUUUACCAGUUUCUCCAGCGAUGAGAAUUUAAACUACAACAGAACAAUUGAUAUAAUAAAUAUUAGUUAUUAUAUUAUUGUUCAAGAGCUGUUCCAAAACCCAGCAAUAAUCUGAAUGUACAGCCAAAUAAGCACAGUAGGGUGGACACAUUUUAACGUAAUUGAUUUGAGAACCCAGGGAAAUAAGAAGAAGCCUCCUGUUCCCGCUGAGGUCAUAGGAUAAUCAGGUAGAGAAUCAUUUAUAAGAGAAAUCCUACCCUGGAAAAUUCAAUUAUAAUCUGCAAAAAAAAAAAAUUGUUUGCACAGUUGCAUGAAUUAAAUAUAGGGGGCCCCAAGGACAAUAAGAGUUUUGUCAUUUUUAUUCUUUUUCUUUUUUUCUCUCCCCUCUCUCUUGCCUCUAAUUCUGAGCUUGCAAAGGAGAGAAGCAGGGAUUGGAGAGAAUGAGAGAGAGAGCGAGAGGAAGAGUAAGGAGGGGGGAGAGGAGGGACAGAGAGCCGGAUAAAACGGUAUAUACAGAAGAGAACGCAUUACAUGCACAAAUCUCUCAUCCCUUUCAACCUUCCAGGCAUCACCGCAAACGACCGGACUGAUUAUUGGAAACCACUAAAGGCUCUUCCUCUGGGACUAAGAACUAAAACCCUUAAGGGGCAUCAUAUUCCUCUCUGGACAAAAGUUCCGUCUCUCCAACUGGAACCCAAAAGUCUCCAGAUACAGAUGCAGGAUUCACCCCCAGGGAAAGUCAGCGGCCAAGAGCAGAUGCCCAGCCACCUGUCCCACAUCCCAUCCUGGCUCGGUUGGAUUCAGAGCACGUAACUCAGAGAAAUGUACCUGUCACUGCUCAUUUGCAGCUUGUUCUAAACGAUGAUUCUCAAGGAUCCAUAUGGUGACAGAAAAUAGAGGACAAUACUGCAAACACUGCAAGUGUCAUGUUGCCUUGAGGCCCAGUUAACUGAAACAGAUGUGGAGGACUAUACUUAACUCCUUGGGAACUACAGCUGGACAUAGAUGGGAGAUCUGCCCCUGGUUCCUCUCUACUGACAGACAAUGCCGGUUUCCAUCAUGGCCUCUGGUAGCGUCAUGUCCCUCUACUGGGAAGUCUUCCCUCCAAUGCCCACUUGCCGUGUCUACUGUACUCCAGCCUACCAAGAUGGGCACCUCUAUGUCAUGGGAGGCUGCAGCAAGUCAGGCCUUCCCUUGGAUGCAGUGGAAAUGUUGGAUGUGGUCUCACAAACCUGGACUGUGCUGCCACCACUGCCCACUGCCCUGGCAGGAGCUGCUGCAAUUUCUCUUGGAAAGCAGGUCAUGGUAAUUGGUGGUAUGAACUCGGAGCAGUGUCCUCUGGCAACAGUAGAAAUUUACAACAGUGACGAAGGCAAAUGGGAAAAGAAAGACUCGCUCUGCCAGCCAUCCAUGGGAAUCAGUGUGAUAGAGAAUGAAGGGAAGAUUUAUGCACUCGGAGGAAUGGCUGCCGACACGUCCCCUCAGGCUUUGGUUAGAGUCUAUGAACCAGCAAAAGACAUAUGGCUGCAGCUCCCUUCGAUGCCUACGCCGCGCUAUGGGGCCUCCACCUUCUUGAGUGAGAAUAAAAUCUAUGUCUUGGGAGGACGUCAGGGAAAGCUUCCGGUAACAGCGUUUGAAGCCUUGGACCUGGAGAUGAAGAGCUGGACUCGAUAUCCCAGCAUCCCAAGCCGGCGUGCCUUUGCCAGCUGCACUAUGACUGACAACUGUUUUUUCAGCCUUGGUGGACUGCAACAGCCCGGACCCCAUAAUUUUUACUCCCGACCUCAUUUUGUCAGCACGGUAGAGAUGUUCGACUCAGAGCAGAGUAUCUGGAGCAAGUCGGCUCGCUCUAUGAGAAUGAGAGAAAAGAGAGCUGACUUUGUAAGCGGGUACUUGGGUGGACGAGUGGUGGCAGCCGGAGGACUAGGUUUAAUUUGGCGUAGUCGGCAGGAUGGAAGACUCUGGAGCAGUGAAUUCACUGGCAUUGAUGCUUUUCCUAUUGGAAACCAGCCAUCUCCUUUGAGCUCAGUUGAAGGUUACAACCCAGAGAAGAAAAGAUGGGAGACUUUGCCAUCCAUGCCAACAGGCCGCUGUUCAUGUUCAAGUCUUCAGUCGAACAAUAUGCUUUUUGUGAUUGGAGGUGUAGCACAGGGACCCAGCAGUGCAGUGGAAGCUCUGUGUGUUUUAGAAGAUGUCUGAGGGACUUAUCUCCUAAUAUGAAGUGACAAAAAUGUGGCCCUGGCUAUAAGAUAAGUGCCUGAGCAUCUCUUGUUAAGCAGACGGCCGGCCGAGAUGCUGGAGAACGUCAAGACCUACAAUAGAUCGCUGGGCGCAUCGUGAUAGCAUUUCAGAAUUUAGUUCCAUUGUUCUACAAUGGUACUUGUAAGGAAGCUCAAUGCGAAAUAUGAGGUUUCUUACUAGGUAGUCAAUUGGUCAAAAACGAUAUUAUGUCUGUAUAAUAUACUUGACUUCAUAUAUAAUUUAACCAACAAUGGUUAAAUCUUAUGGUUUCAUGUGCAGAAAGUGCACUUGGCAAUGGUGGUGUAGUAUUUAUUCACCACAAAAUGUUUCCGCCAUGAUUUUUAUGCUGUUCAAACAGGCAAAUCUCUCAAGGGAACAGUUUUUUCUAAAUGUACCUCGUGCUGUAUGGUACAGUGUACCCUCCAGGUCCAGAUCAGAAUUCCUAAGAGCAGUAAAUGGAAAUUACUACUUAGAGCUCUAUCACAUGCCAAGAAAAUGGCCUUGGGUGAACUAUAAAGGACAACUUAUUACAUUGUGUAUUAGCUGUUAGAUAAUUCUGUGCUCAUGUCCAAAUGCGGGCCCCCAACUGUUGUCAAAAUACAUCUCCCAUCAUCCAACCUAGAGUUGGUUAAACUGCAACUUCCAGACCGAAUCCCCUAGUGCAUGGAGUUCAUCAGCAACCAGAAGGCCACGAUAUGACUAUCCCUUAAACUAAAUGGGAAAGGUGGAAAUAGUUUAGCUCUCAGUAGUUGUUAAUUAAAAACUAUUUAUUCAUAGAGGCUGCCAGAGUUUUGAACAUUUUGAGUCCCUCUCUUCCCUGUCUUUAGAUAAAUCUGCCUGAGCAUGAUGUAUAUGGCAGUAUCGUACAGGUAUAUGAUCCGUUAGCCGGAGACCCAUUAUCCAGAAAGCUCCGAAUUAAGGAAAGGCCGUCUCCCAUA